AUGAGUGAGGAAGAUAAUAAAAGAAAGAAGAGAAUCGUCAUAAUAUGCACCUCGAGCUUUUUACUAGUGGCUAUGGUGGUUGCUGUGACAGUUGGCGUGAAUAAUACCGAAGAUGGCAACGGUAAAGGUCGCAUAAAUUCAACCCAGAAAGCCGUGAAAACCUUUUGUAGUCCAACAAGUUUUAAAAAAGAAUGCGAGGAAAAUCUAUUGUCAGAAGUAGGCAGCACAACGGACUCGAGAGAACUCAUGAAAUUUGCUUUCAAUAUCACCGUUGCGAAGAUCAAAAAGGGAAUUGAGAAAACUCAGCUCUUGCAAGAGGUUGAGAAGGAACCUAAGACGAAAAUGGCACUUCAAACAUGCUUGAAGUUAAUGGAUCUCUCUAUCGGCGAAUUCCAAAGGUCACUUGAGGGAAUAACAAGUUUUAAUCUCAACAAUCUAGACAGCAUUCUCGUGAGUUUAAGAGUUUGGUUAAGUGGUGCAAUGACGUAUCAAGAAACAUGUUUAGAUGGUUUUUCGAACAUCACUAGUAAAGCAGGUAUGAAGAUGAAAGGCAUUUUACAACUUUCGAGGCGUAUGAGUAGUAAUGCACUUGAUGUCGUUACGGAUUUGCAAAAUGCUGUGAAGGAAAUUAAUGUAACAAAAGAUGAACGUCGUCUUAUGGAAGAUUAUAAAGGUUAUGUUGGCGAACAAGUUGUUGCUCAUGAUGAUGUUAACGAGGUUCCUUCUUGGUUUGGUGAUGGUUCGAGUGCCGGUGUUCGUAGACUCCUUCAAGUGGCUCAAAAUAAACUUAAGGCUAAUGUCGUUGUGGCUCAAGAUGGUAGUGGACAGUUUAAGACUAUCAAUGAAGCUUUGAAGCUAGUGCCAAUAAAUGGCCAAAAACCUUUUGUUAUUUAUAUCAAGAAAGGUAUUUAUCAUGAGUAUGUUGACAUUACCAUACUAAUGACUAAUGUUGUGCUUGUUGGUGAUGGUGAUAUGAAAACAAUACUUACUGGCAACAAAAACAUGAAAGAUGGAAUUGCAACUUAUGCAACCCCCACUCUCGCUGUUGGAGGAGAUUUUUUUGUUGCAAUGAGUAUAGGAAUUGAGAAUUCAGCAGGACCACUAAAAGAUCAAGCUUGCGCCUUAAGAGUCCAAGGCGACAAGGCAAUUUUUUACCAGUGUUCAAUACACGGAUAUCAAGACACAUUAUAUGCACACACUAUGCGUCAAUUUUAUCGUGAUUGUACAAUUUCAGGCACGAUUGAUUAUGUGUUUGGCAACGCACAAGCCGUUUUCCAGAACUGCACAUUCAUCGUUAGAAAACCAUUAGAUUACCAACAAUGCAUUAUAGUUGCACAAGCCAGGGCAGAAGAAAACCAACCAUCAGGAAUAGUAAUUCAAAGUAGCCGCAUUGUUUCUGAUCCUCCGAAUGUUCCAGUCACCUACAAAGCUUUUAUCGGUCGUCCAUGGAAGCACUAUGCGAGGACUAUUAUCAUGGAUACUUACAUCGACGGGGUGAUUCAGCCUGAGGGGUUUAUGCCAUGGGAAGAACCGGAUAAACAACUUAGUGGCAUGGACACUUGUUAUUAUGCCGAGGUUAAUAAUACUGGUCCUGGUUCUGAUAAAUCAAAGCGUGUAAAAUGGCCUGGGAUUAAGAAUCUUACACCAGAAACUGCAAAUACUUUCAAUCCAUCUUUGUUCUUUCAGGGAGAUGAUUGGAUUAAGAAUACUAGAAUUCCUUACAGUUCUGGCGACAUGCCACCCCCAAAGCAGCCAACCCCAAAACAGCCAAACCCAGCGCAGACAAUCCCAACAACACCACAACAGACAACCCCAGAGCAGCCAAUUCCAGCAACACCACCGCAGACAACUCCAGAGCAGCCAAUCCCAACAACACCAGAGCAGCCAAUUCCAACAACACCACAGCAGACAACUCCAGAGCAGCCAAUCCCAACAACACCAGAACAGACAAUCCCAGAGCAGCCAAUCCCAACAACACCACAGCAGACAACUCCAGAGCAGCCAAUCUCAACAACACCAGAGCAGACAACCCCAGAGCAACCAAUCCCAACAAUACCUCAGCAGACAACUCCGGAGCAGCCAAUCCCAACAACACCAGAGCCGACAACUCCAGAGCAGUCAAUUCCAACACCACAACAGUCAAUCCCAGAGCAACCAAUCCCAACAACACCUCAGCAGACAACUCCAGAGCCAAUCCCAGUAACACCACAACAAACAAUUCCAGAGCAGCCAAUCCCAACAACACCUCAGCAGACAACUCCAGAGCAGCCAAUCCCAAUAACACCUCAGCAGCCAAUUCCAACAACACCACAAGAGACAAUCCCAACCCCAAAGCUCUAA